AGUAAACGCAGCUUGAGCAACUAUGCCCGUAUUUUGUGCAGCCUACGGCUGCAAGAACCAGCGCAGCAUUGAAAGCAGGUCACGUGGGAUUACCUUUCACAAGUUUCCCAGGGCCACAGACUUAAAGAGGCAAUGGGAAGUUGCGAUAAGAAGGGAGGGUUUUGUUGCUACAGAGUAUUCCAAGCUCUGCAGUGAACACUUCAAACCUGCAGACUUUGACAGGACSGGUCAGAUUGUCAGGCUCAGAGAUGGUGUGACCCCAUCUGUCUUCAAAUGCCCAUCUCAUCACCAAAGACCGGUAGCAACAAGGAACAAAAAAAUAUUACGGGAAGCUGAAGAGAGCCUGCUAGUGGACCUUUCUCACCGUUCCCCUGAAAGUAAACCUCAUCCCAGCGACGACCACUCCUAUGCAGUYCUCAAAUCAGCCAUUUGUCCAAAGGCCAGUGUCUGUGAAGCUUUGGGUAGAGGGAAGGGUCUAAAGAAGCUGAACACAAAGGCCCGAGCACGGAGAGCAAAGAAAACCGUAAAUAGUCCUCUGGAGGAUCGGAAGAGAAAGGACCAUAUGAAUAAGAAGUUAAAACAACGGCUUGACUUCCACUCAGCCGUGGCCCCCAAAGACCCCAUGGCAAUAGAGAGAUGCAACCUCCUCAGUAUGCUGAAGCUGAGCAUCAAAGUCUUGAUUCAGACCUCCUUGAGUCUGGGCAGGACUCUGGACUCGGAGCACCCUCCUCUUCAGCAGUUUUUUAUAGUCCUCGAACACUGCCUCAAACAUGGGCUCAAAGCCAAGAAGUCCUUCAUSGGUCAGAACAAGUCCAUAUGGGGACCCCUGGAGCUGGUGGAGAAGUUGUGUCCGGAGUCUGCCAACAUCGCCAUGAGUGCCAGAGACCUUCCAGGCAUUAAAACUGGUUUGGGGAGAGCGAGAGCCUGGCUGCAUUUGGUGCUCAUGCAGAAAAAAGUAGCAGAUUAUAUGAAGGCCCUGCUGGACCGCAAAGACCUCCUGAGUGAGUUUUAUGACUCUGGAGCGUUGAUGAUGGAGGAGGAGGGAGCAGUGAUGGGAGGGCUGCUGGUAGGCCUCAAUGUGAUCGAUGCUAAUCUGUGUAUUAAAGGCGAGGAUCUGGAUUCUCAGGUGGGAGUCAUCGACUUUUCCCUCUACCUGAAAGACCCGGCCGCCAGCGAGACGCCAAAAGACGAUAACAAGAUGACGGCCAUAUUGGACCAGAAGCACUACAUCGAGGAGCUGAAUCGUCACUUAAGUGGCACCGUCAARGACCUUCAGGCCAAGAUGGACUCUAUAGAGAAAACCAACAGCAAGCUCAUUGAGGAGCUGACGGCAGCAACGGACAGAAUCAACUCUCUGCAGGAGGAACAGGAGCAGCUGAGGAAGGAGAACGAGACCAUCUUGCAUUCMAGCCAGAAAAAGGAAGAGGCAGCUCUUCGGGACAGUCAGGUCGAGCUGGAGACGUACAAGCAGACUCGACAAGGUCUGGAUGAGAUGUACAACGUGGUGUGGACGCAGUACAAAGAAGAAAAACGCAUUCGCCAGGAGCUGGAGCGUGAACUGGAGCUCCAGGCGGGCCUGAGGCUGGAGAUGGAGGUGGCCAUGAAGCUGCUGGAGAAGGACAUCCACGAGAAGCAGGACACGCUGGCCGCCUUACGGCUCCAGCUCGACCAAGUCAAGACUCUAAACCUGCAGAUGUUCCACAAAGCUCAGGACUCGGAGCGGCAGGCAGAGAAGAAGCAGGCCGAGGCUGUGCAGCUGGAGAAGAGGAUAAAUGAAAUGGAGAAAGCCAUGAUGGAAAUGGAGCAGCGACUCCAGAAGUCGGAGCAGGAGCGCAGGCAAACUGAUCAGUCAGACAAAGACAUGAAAGUGGAGCUGGAGGGAAAAAUCGACUUGUUGCAGAAACAACUAACAGACCUGGACACACUACGACUGGGUUUGGAAAGCGAGCUGCGCUCUGAGAGAGAACAGAGACAGAAUUUGCAGAAAGUUCUCCAGCGAGAACAAGACAACAGCAUGGAGCUGCGCACCCAGCUGCAGCAGCUGCAGGGCCUGCAGACAGAGCUGCAGGAGUUAAAACAAGAGAAGAAACAGCUGCAGAAGAAGUGUGAACAACAAGAGCAAACACUACAGGAGAUGGGGCUACACCUCAGCCAGUCUAAACUCAAGAUGGAGGACUUUAAAGAAGUCAACAAAGCUCUGAAGGGCCACGCCUGGCUGAAAGACGACGAAGCCACCCAGUGCAAACAGUGUCAGAAGGAGUUCUCCAUCUCACGCAGAAAGCACCACUGCAGGAACUGUGGGGACAUCUACUGCAACAGCUGCUCCAGCAACGAGCUGGCCUUGCCCUCCUACCCGCGGCCGGUGCGAGUGUGCGACGUGUGUCACUCCCUUCUGCUGCAGAGAAGCUCCACCACCGCGUCCUGACGAACAGCACCGAGUCAAUCGAGCUGAGAUUUUUAGGACUCAGAGGAAUAAAUUCAGGCMUACUAAUGAAACUUACCAACGGGAUGAGCUAACAAACACAACAAAGCUGUUGCUGCACGGAGCUUUCCUCGCUGUGGACGGACACAGACUGCUACAACUUCUUAAAGCCUUUUUCAUAUUUCAGACUGAUUAAACUCACUGUUAAAAAGAUUGUCAGCUACUUUAUACGAAUAAAUGUAUAAAUCAAUUUGCAGAAUUUUUUUAAUGUAACACUGGUGCUGGCUGCAGAUGUGUAAAUGUAGAAUGUGGACUAUUUUAGAAUGUAUUAUAUGAAGGACUCAAUAAAAUUCUUCUAUUCAAGGCUUUUUUUCAGUUAUUCAGACUAGUUUAUUCACUUUGUGCACAGGAAAUACAAAAAGCAUUUGAAGCUGUAAAAACCUCCAURGUAGCAGAUUUUUUUAACUCUUUAAUGUAGCCCUCAUAAAAAAACUGUCCUCAGAUCAACACCAUAACAGAAUAAAGCUUAAACAUGUAGGAGGUUGAAACAAAAUACCAGGCAGCGAGUCUUCGUUAAUCCCACCGGUGUUUCGACUUCAACAGCCAGGAGUUUGGAGAACAUAUAGAGCCACACAGAGGUAAUGAAGGUUUAACGUACAGUUUUUGGCGAGGUCAGUGAGGAACGCGGGGGAAGACGACACUUCAGAUACGUUUCUUAACAAAAUCUCACUUUUCUGAAAAAAAAUUCACUUAAA